AGGUCUGCUUGGUCUCAUAUAAAACCUGGCUCCGUCCUGGCUGUACACCUGGUUCCCAGCAGCACAUCCACAGAAAUGGCUGCAAACCUCCACAAGAAGUUCAUAGGGGCCGUCAACGACGAGUGGCAGCUAUACAGUGACCGUUCAUCAGACUACUCAAUCGGUUCCCCUAUUGGCUAUGGCGCUUCAUCUAUAGUCUAUUCUGCUGUCUAUACCCCACCAUCACCGGGGCCCCCCAUACCGUGCGCCUUGAAGGUGCUCGAUCUCGACUCCCUCCCUCCCCAUUCUCUCUCUCUUUUGCGCCGCGAAACACAGCUCAUGUCUCUCUCCAAACACCCCAAUGUUCUCCGUGUACGUGGAACAUGGAUAGACGGCCACAAAUUAUACAUCGCAACACGUCUCAUGAGCAAGGGCAGCGCAGCCGACGUGAUGCAUUACGGCUGGCCCGGUGGCAUGGAAGAAGAGGUCGUCAAGUCUGUACUCAAGCAGGCACUUGAGGGUUUAAACUACUUGCAUGUCAACGGCUUUAUCCAUCGUGACGUAAAGGCUGCCAACCUUCUGAUUGACGAUGACGGGACGGUCCUCUUGGGUGAUUUGGGGGUAGCAGCUUCUCUCGUAGAGGAGGGCGACAGCUCGCAUAAGCACGCCAAUCCCAUGAGCAAUCGCUUCAAUUUCGACCCUACUUCUGCUUCCAAGACGCUUCCUCUAUCGCGUCCCAAAAUGGGAAAACGCAAGUCAUUCGUUGGCACCCCGUGCUGGAUGGCCCCUGAGCUUAUUCAGGGAAAACAGUACGACUCGAGCGCUGACGUAUGGUCAUUCGCUAUCACUGCCCUUGAAUUGACCCAAGGUCGCCCACCCGGGUUCAGAGACAGUCCGCAUGCAGUUUUACUUCACACGGUGCAGGGGGCGCCUCCUAUGCUCGACCGAGACGGCGGCUUUUACAAAUAUUCUAGGGCGUUCAAAGAUGUAGUAGAUAGCUGUCUCGUAAAAGAUCCCUCAAAACGUCCAACAGCCUCUCAAUUGUUACAGUCACCCUUCUUCAAGUCCGCUAAGAAAAAGUCUUACCUGGUUGGCGCCAUACUCGAUGGCCUUCCACCUCUGGCACAGCGUCAAGAGCGUCGGCGCUGUCAGCCCAGCAUGAUGACACACGGCACGAUGGAUUCAUGGGACUUCAACAUGACACACGUCGGUUCCCCUGCAGGAUCUGUCGUUGGCCUACCACUUAGCCCCAUAAAACCACACUUCGGGCGCAGUCUUUCUUCUGCGAGUGGAAACCACGUUUCUGAAAGCCCAAUUGAAGAGAUCUUUGAAUUCGAUAGCAUCAACACCAGUGCCGAUGCACACCGAGAGGCGGAUCAGCAAAGGGGGCCCAAAUUUGGCGGUAGGCGGAAUAGGAACCGCAACGACAACACCCUACCCGUUAUCGCGCACCCUGAUUCUCCACUGGCAGUGUCCACGCAUGCAAUCCAAGCCAUCGAGCCAGUGGCUGAGGAGAAGACCGAAGAGGAUCGGCCCACCCCGCCUUCCCUUCCUUCUUCUUUGUCUUCUUCCGUCAGCUCUUCAGUGGGCUCGGCUGGAUCUCGGUCCGGUCGCUCCUUUCCUCCCCCAGAGUCGACUUCUUCCGGCUCCGACUCGAGCCAUUCUGGGCCAACCGCGCCGAAUCAAAACGUGACAGAAGCUUCUACCCCGCAUUCUGCUCCAAUACCUAUCGCCAAACGCUCGUCCACGUUCCUCCUGCGCAAAAAGUCCAAUUCUCCUUCGACUCCCCCUAGUCACAGCCGUAUAUCUGCUUCGCCUUCCUCGCCCCUGCCUAGCGCACCAUCCAGUUUUUGGCAGAAGCUCAGACGGCCCAGUGUGACUGCAGAAGAAGACAAAAAGUCAAAUGGCUUCGCUCGUAUGCUGGGCAGAAGAGGAUCAUCAUCCGCUUCUCCGCGUCCCUUCUAAUCGAUCUAAUCUGCAAUCAAUCUGAUGCUUCCUAUCUCAUCAAGUGAUACCAACCUUCUCAAUGUAUAUCGUAUCUUUGUGAUAUAUGUACCCUACUCACCUCAUACCAGACAUAUCUACCCCUAUUAUUCGACAUGCAGCCAUCUGACGGUCUUGUGUACGAUAACAAACUCAGGUCCAUGACUCGGAGAGUGGUUUCUCCUGUUUGUCACGCACAUAUGCUAGGCAUCUGGCGGGACUAGCUAUCUAUCAUAUCUUAGGUUUCAGUACUACACAUUUCUACCCUCAACAUGUACAUGUAUGUACUUUUAGCAUUUAAUGCGAGCUCAUAAUGACUCCAGCACUGCACAUAUUUUUUUAAAAAAAG